AUGGUUGCUUGCCCCAUUUGCGAAAAGCAAGUGAAAGCUAAAGACAUUAAUAGUCACAUUGAUUCGGGAUGUGAAGACUUCAUUGACACAUUCUCUCCUCCACUUACUCAGCAGAAUGCAUUUGUUUCACAGAAACCAGCCUCCACGCAGAAGCCUUCCGUCUCUAACUUCUUUUCGACACCUGCGACUAAGAAAACAGCAUUGCAUCCUACCCCAAAGAUAGAACCCAAUUCGACGCCCAAUUUUCAACCGAAAGUGCAGAAUGGAAAUACAACUGGGAAGCAGCAAGAAGAUGGGAGUGCGAGUGGAUCCCUGACUGUGCAGCGGAAGAGAUCAUUUGACGAUGCCGAGACAGAGAUGCAGUGGGAAAACGAGACUGUUGAUCCGCCGGCAAAGAAGACUAAGACCAAUGCCUUUCAAAAGGUCGCUCCGCUAGCAGAACGAAUGCGUCCGAGAAGUCUAGACGAAGUAUGUGGACAAGAGUUAGUUGGGCCACAUGGAGUUUUACGCAGUCUCAUUGAACAAGAUCGUGUCCCAUCAAUGAUACUAUGGGGUGGCGCUGGCACGGGUAAAACUACAAUUGCACGGUGUGUGGCUGCGAUGGUAGGAAGUCGGUUUGUCGAGAUCAAUAGUACGUCUACUGGGGUGGGGGAGGUGAAGAAGAUAUUCGCUGAGGCAAGAGGGGAACUGGGGCUUACUGGAAGAAAGACAAUAAUAUUCUGCGAUGAGAUCCAUCGAUUUUCGAAGAGUCAGCAGGAUGUAUUUCUUGGGCCUGUGGAAAGUGGGCAGGUUACUUUAAUAGGAGCUACGACCGAGAAUCCGUCUUUCAAAGUCCAGAAUGCUUUACUGUCUAGAUGCCGGACAUUCACAUUAUCGAAGUUGACGGACGAUGACAUACUGGAGAUAUUAGAGAGGGCUUUGAAGACCGAGGGGCCAAAUUACACCCCUACAGAUCUUGUGGAUACAGAGCUCUUAAAGUAUCUAUCUGCCUUUUCUGACGGUGAUGCUCGGACGGCCCUGAAUCUCCUAGAGCUAGCCAUGGGCUUGUCUACAAGACCUAACGUCACCAAGGAAGAUAUCAAAGCCUCCCUUACCAAGACGCUGGUGUAUGAUAGAGCUGGCGAUCAACACUACGAUACUAUCUCUGCUUUUCACAAGUCAGUAAGAGGUGGCGACGCAGAUGCUGCCCUAUACUACCUUGCAAGAAUGCUUCAAUCCGGAGAAGACCCUCUUUACAUAGCUAGGCGGAUGGUAGUUAUGGCAUCAGAGGAUAUAGGACUGGCAGACAACACCAUGCUAACGCUCGCAACAAGCACAUACACCGCGUGCGAGAAAAUUGGUAUGCCUGAAUGUCGAAUCACAAUGGCUCAUGCUACUGUGGCUCUGUGUCUAGCCCCAAAAAGUACCAGAGCAUAUAGAGGAUUAAACAACGCAUAUUCUGCCCUGAGGGAACCUGGGGUAGCUAGUUUAAGCAUCCCUAUUCAUUUAAGAAAUGCACCUACGAAAUUGAUGAAAGAGUUGGGGUAUGGAGAUCAGUACAAAUACAAUCCUAAUUACAAGGAGGGUAGAGUAGUUCAAGAAUACCUACCCGACGAGUUGAGAGGCAGGAAGUUUUUAGAGGACAGGGAUUUGGGGACAGAAAUUGAUCCGGGUGCUUGGCCUUGA